AUGGGACAUGAGGAGCAUGGAGGGACUUGGCACAUGGACGCAGCUCAACUGGAUACGCAAAGGAAGAAGGGAGAAGCCAUCUUGAAGACCAGCUCGACCGUCUACUCGACCAACCGGUCGAGUUCCUCAACUCGACCGGCCAAGCUUCAACUCGAUCGAGCUGAGAACACAUCAGAACCAGCUCAAAUCUUGGAGCUAAAGAAUAUGGUCUCACAACUACUUACAGGCCGACAAGGAGUUCAUGCUAUUGACGAUGCCCUGGCCACCAAUGAAGACACUCUCAUGGAGUUUAUGGGAGAUGCCACUGAGGAGAACCAAGAGGAAGUCAACUGUAUUAGAGUAAACUAUGGGAAUAGAGGAUUCAAUCAACCUUUUAGAGCUCAUCCAAACCUAUCAUACCGUAGCAACAAUGUGGAGAAUCCCAAUGAUCAAGUCUACCCCAAUCUAAGCAACAAAAAGUCUACCCCAGAGGGAUGUACCAAGUGA